CUAAGGUAGUUUCAAUAUCAGUCACAACUUUCACUAUGGCUAUCCUUUCUAUCUUCUUCUACUCACAUUCUUAUUCCCUCAUUGCUUUCAAUCUCACUCUUCACUCUGCACUGAACACUGAACACUGAACCAAACCCACUGCAACACCUCGUUGCGUUCCAAUGGAGGGGACACUCUUCCCCAAUAGGCCAGUUCUCCCAGUCCCUGCAAACAAACCAACACAGUCUCUCAAAUUCAAGCCAACUCUCCUCCCUCCUUCUCGCUCUCCACCACAACCACCGCCACCACCACCGUCGUUUCAGCUGGAUUCCCUCAUCCAACAUCUCCAAACCCUCUCUUCAGCUUCAAUCACCGCCCACACGCUAACACAUGUGCCUCCAAUUCUGGACAAGACCCAUUUCAGUUCCCUUCAAAUUCCAUCUGAGACACAGGUCAAACAUUCUCGGAGAAAGGUGCCCACUUCGGGUGAUGUCACUAGAAUUGGUCAGAACCUACUUGAAGAUGCAAAGUUUGAAUUUUUAUCAGAUAGAGGUAAGAUGAUGCUGAAUUCAAUUGUUGGGUGUCCUUUGAAUGAUUUGAAUGAGUUUUUCAACUCGGUGAAAUUUGAGUUGCUUGAAGUUGAUUUUCCUAGCUUGUUGAAAGGUUUGGACCUUUCUGGGAACUGGGAGUGGUCAUUUUUGUUGUUUGAAUGGGUUUGGUUGCAUCUUGGGUCUGAAAAUAUGAGGGUGGAUAAUCAGGUUGUUGAGCUUAUGGUUAGGAUAUUGGGUAGAGAAUCGCAGCAUUCGAUUGCGUCUAAGCUGUUUGAUUUAAUUCCUGUGGAAGAAUACUCGCUUGAUAUUCGGGCUUACACCACUAUUCUUCAUGCGUAUGCUCGUACCGGCAAGUAUAAACGAGCUAUUGAUAUAUUUGGAAAGAUGAGGGAGACUGGUCUCGAGCCGACUUUGGUCACUUACAAUGUUAUGCUUGAUGUUUAUGGCAAGAUGGGUCGUUCUUGGGAUAAAAUAUUGGAAAUGUUGGAUGAGAUGAGGGGUAAAGGGCUCGAGUUUGACGAGUUUACUUGCAGUACUGUGAUCUCUGGUUGUGGGAGAGAGGGUAUGCUAGAUGAAGCGAGGAAGUUUUUCGCUGAUUUAAAAUUGAAUGGCUAUAAACCUGGAACGGUUACAUAUAAUUCUAUUCUGCAGGUUUUUGGAAAGGCUGGAGUUUACACAGAGGCCUUGAGCAUACUAAAGGAAAUGGAGGAUAAUAAUUGCCCACCUGAUUCUGUUACUUACAAUGAGCUUGUGGCAGCAUAUGUAAGAGCCGGGUUUCAUGAUGAAGGGGCUGCUGUAAUUGAUACCAUGGCAAGCAAAGGAAUAAUGCCAAAUGCUAUUACUUACACUACUGUGAUAAAUGCGUAUGGCAAGUCAGGAAAGGAGGAUAAGGCGUUAAAGUUGUUCAGGCAGAUGAAGGAGUUGGGUUGUGUUCCUAAUAUAUGCACAUACAACGCUGUUCUUGCAAUGCUUGGCAAGAAGUCGAGGUCAGAAGAUAUGGAUAAGGUUUUCCGUGACAUGAAAUUGAAUGGAUGUGCUCCUAAUCGUGUCACGUGGAACACCAUGCUUGCUGUAUGUGGAGAGAAGGGUAAGCACAAAUAUGUUAGCCAGGUUUUGAGGAAAAUGCAAAACUGUGGAUUUGAGCCUGACAAAGACACAUUCAAUACAUUAAUUAGUGCAUAUGGUCGGUGUGGAUCAGAAGUCGAUGCUGCAAAAAUGUAUGGGGAAAUGGUUAAAUCAGGCUUUUCUCCAUGUGUAUCAACUUAUAAUGCUCUUCUAAAUGCUCUUGCCAGGAGAGGUGAUUGGAAAGCAGCUGAAUCCGUCAUUCAGGACAUGCAGAACAAGGGCUUUAAGCCUAAUGAAACUUCAUACUCGCUCUUGCUUCAAUGUUAUUCCAAGAAUGGAAAUGUCAUGGGGAUACAGAAGGUAGAGAAAGAAAUUUAUGAUGGCAAUGUAUUUCCUAGUUGGGUACUUUUGAGAACUCUUGUCCUUGCAAACUUCAAGUGCAGACGGCUUGGGGGAAUGGAAAGGGCAUUUAAUCAAUUGCAAGAGAAUGGAUACAAACCUGAUUUGGUCGUAAUUAACUCCAUGCUCUCAAUGUAUGCCAAAAACAAGAUGAUUGUGAAGGCCCAUGAAAUGCUGCAUUUUAUUCACCAAGUUGGGUUGCAGCCAAAUCUUGUCACCUAUAAUAGCUUGAUGGACUUAUAUGCCCGUGUGGGUGAUGGUUGGAAAGCAGAAGAAAUGCUCAAGGGAAUUCAAAACUCUGGUCCAAAGCCUGAUCUUGUGUCUUAUAAUACUGUCAUCAAGGGAUUUUGUAAACAAGGGCUCAUGCAGGAGGCAGUCAGAAUUCUCUCAGAGAUGAGUACUAAUGGGAUUCAACCAUGCAUUGUUACAUACAAUACUUUCUUGGCUGGUUAUGCAGGGCAAGGGUUGUUUACUGAAGCAGAUGAAGUCCUUAGAUAUAUGAUUGAGCACAAUUGCAGGCCUAAUGAGCUAUCUUACAAGACUGUAAUUGAUGGUUAUUGUAAAGCAAAUAAGCAUAAAGAAGCGAUGGACUUUGUGGCAAAGAUUAAGCAGAUUGAUAUCUCUUUUGAUGAUCAAUCUGUUAAAAGGCUAGCUUCUUGCAUUAGGGAGAGUGUGUCUUGACUUUAUGAACUAUCCCUUUGGGUUUCCUUUAUUUCUUUUUUGUUAAUACCUCGGCUAUAUACAACUCGAUCAGUCGUACCAUAAUGUUAAUAAUUGCAUCAUUCCACAUUGAGUCCACCUAUCAGGGAAUAAAUUAUCUUUUGCUAUGUCAUGGGAAUUUUGUAACAAAUAUUUGAUAGCUAUAGAUUUUGUUGCAAGUGUUUGUUCUGUGCA